AUGCCCAAGAGAAGAUUGACAAUAUUCUGGACAUCCGAACAGAAAGUCCUGCAGAGCUCACCAUCGAAACCCAGGUAGUUCCAACUGAAACACGGCAGAAUGUAUCAAUUAGUUGCAAAAAUUAACUAGUUCUGCUCACAGAUUUUUUCUAAACUUCUUUCUUUUUUUUAUGGAUUAAUUUGCAGAAAAAACUUCAGUAGAUUUUCCAAAAAAUUUUGAAAAAUGGAUAAAGCUUUCCAGUUAGCUACUGACUCUCAAACCAAUAGUUUGAAAUUGUCAUUGUUUUGCAGCCGACUUUGUUUGGAUGGGCGUCGUCUCAAACUGGAGAACAAGCGACGCCAAGAGCCAACGAUUCUCCAGAAAAUGUUUCUUCGCCCGUCACUGGAGUUUCUCCCGGUCAGUCGUCAGAUCCUGGGAGCGCCGUCGUUGUUCGAAAUGAGCCAGUCCUUCCGCGUAAGUAUUUUUUGUUUCUUUUUAUUAUGUUUUUCGGCUUUUAUUGAUGAUUCAUUCUCAGCGAAGCUUGGUAAUCACUAAAAAAAAUUUAAAAAAAAUUUAUCUUGGCGUCUUAUUAUUUUUGACAUUUUCUCAUCGCCCAUAAUAAGCUUUGAUUUUUUAUGAUUUGAAGCCUUCGUUGGACACGAAGACGGCGCUUUUGAUGAAGCGAUGA